AUGACGGACCUCUCAGCCCGGGCGUCUGGCCCACCCCUUUCGGAGUCGUAUCUAGAAUGCAUCCAGUCAUUCGGGCUAUUUGUACAGGCCCUCAGCGAGGAUGAUUGCCGUGUGGUGCAUCUUGAACAGAUUCAGCUUUCUGAGAUAUUGGAAGGAUACGGGAGAAUCAAGAUCUGGGGUGAUCAAAGCAAAGCAGAACUUCCAGCAAGAGCUCGUGGCUCCUUGGACGAUACACUCCGGCACGACGAUGAGCUCAGAUCUUUGGUUCAGGGCAUCCUCACGCGACUGAAAGCAAUCCUCGGCCAAGGCAAGUCACACAAUUCAACAACAUAUAUUGCUCGAAGAAAGUAUGAUCCAGCUGUUGGAUCGGAUCAUGACUCGAUAAGCAGUGUCAGUGCAAAUUCAGAUUCCGAUUCGGAUGAAGGUGGCGAGCACCAACGCCAUAGGAUGCCAAAGAUUUGUCUACUUGUCCAGCAAACGCUCGAGCAAAUUCGAUCACUUUUCGACCUAUCUGCUUUACUGCGGCGCCCUAAAAUUGCAGACAAAUACAUCCGCUCUGUUGACUCGAAAUCACACACAGCUACGCUGAGCGACCCGGAAAUUUUGCCGAUAAAUCUCGGCUUCAGCAGCUCUGACGAGGGCCAUAUUGUGGAGAAGAUGCUACAAUGGCGCGGCUUGACUAAGAGCGGGCAGUGUAUCCAAUUUGAAGACGAGGAAGUUACCCCGACAGGGCAAGGUUUGACAUAUGAUCGUGUUGAAGAUGUCAUGUGGUUCUGUAAGAGACUUGCAGGAGCGAACACAAGGCGAAGAGAGCAGCUUCAAUAUUGGGCUGAUCAUCCGUAUGAUCAUAAGAAGGCCACCACAGAUAUCCCUGUGCUUGACGCGCCAAAUUUGGAGCAAGUGGUGGCCAAACAAAUGAGAGAGCCCCAGAAAUCACAAAGCCAAGCAUCUACUUUAAAGCCGCCCAAGUCAACCGUGUCGAAACAAAGUUUCUCUACGGCUGCAGUCUCAGAUAUCUAUGAUACAAAGACCAACGUUCGGCCGCGGACAGUCUACGCGCCUACAACCAUCGGUCAGGGCCGGUACAGCUCUGUCCCAGACCCCCCAAGGAUGGAAGAUGGAAAGACCACAUUUCUAUGUCCUUAUUGUGGGAUGACACUCGAAUCUAGCGAGAUGAAGAACAGGCAAGUAUGGAAGUAA